UCUCUGUCUCAUCGAUGUGUAUCUUUGGUUGAUUCGUUUAGUCGGCAAGUAGUGUUCAUCGCUCGUUGUUCGCGUUCAGCUCAACAUUGUUCGCAUCGAUUUAGUAUUUGAAGUGAAGAAGAAUAAGCAGCAGCAAAGAAGAAACAAAAAACAUACAUAUACACACACACCGUACAAGCAGUGAAUUGAAGAAAGAAGACAACAGAAGUCGUGGCAAAUGUCAGUGCUCGAUUAAAAUAGAUAAGAUAUAAGCCGAAAAUCAAUUGACGUGAUUCAUGUGAAACCGAAAAGAACAAAACAAAAAAAAACAUUUUAAGUGUCUGUUGUGUCAUUUUGUUUUAUAGUGAAUUCUAUAUGUGAUUUUAUCGAUUAAAUUGAAUAAAUUGUGUAAAUUGUCCAUGCAUAUAAUAUCGACGAGUAAAGAGGGAUAUACAUAAUUACAAAAGACCAGGUAUCGAUUUUCAUUGUCUAGAGACACAAUUCAGCACUGAUUGAAUUCAUUGCGCCUACUACGAAACACAUAACCAAAUAAAAAACAACAACAACAACAAAAAAAUUGGCGUUGAUUCGUGAGCAACACCGAAUCAAGUAAGCUGAAAAAAAAUGGCGUGGCGUUUUAAAGCAUCCAAAUAUAAAAAUGCUGCACCCAUCGUACCCAAGCCAGAAGUUUGCAUUCGUGACAUUGUUGUUGGGUCAUAUCAAACGUAUGGCAACAAUAUCGCUGCUUCGGCCGCUUUUAUGGCCUUCAAUUGGGAACAUGCUGGGUCAAGUUUAGCUGUGCUGCCGCUCGACGAUUGCGGUCGUAAAAGUAAAAAUAUGCCAUUAUUACACGGACACACAGACACGGUUACCGACUUACAUUUUUCACCAUUUCACGAUGGUCUGCUUGCAACUGGAUCACAAGAUAGUCUUGUGAAACUUUGGCAUAUCCCCGAGAAGGGUUUGGAGCAAUCGUUGACCACUCCAGAGUGUCAGUUUACACAUAAACAGCGACGAGUUGAAACCGUUGGUUUUCAUCCAACGGCCGAUUAUUUGUUGCACUCAACAGCAGCCGGAAAUAUAAAUCUGUGGGAUUUAACAACACAAAAAGAAGUGUUCGGCAGCAAUGAGCAUCCCGAUGUUAUUCAGUCACUCAGCUGGAAACUCGAUGGAACUUUGAUGACCACAAGCUGUAAAGAUAAAGUCGUUCGUAUCGUUGAUCCAAGAUCAAAUGUUCCAAUUACAAUGGCCGCCGAUAGUCAUCAAAGUAUCAAAGAUUCGCGUGUUGUUUGGCUUGGCACUCAAUCACGUAUUCUAACUACCGGAUUCGAUUCGGCCCGUUUGCGUCAAAUUAUCAUUCGAGACUUGCGAAACUUUAACACACCGGAAAAAACAUUGGAAUUGGAUUGUUCUACAGGUGUUUUAAUGCCAUUGUACGAUCCAGACACAAAUAUGCUCUUUUUGGCCGGCAAAGGUGACACCACAAUCUCAUACAUGGAAGUUACAGAUAAAGAUCCAUAUUUGAUUGAAGGAUUGAGACAUAAUGGCGAGCAAACAAAAGGUGCGUGCUUGGUGCCAAAACGUGCGCUUCGUGUGAUGGAUGGUGAAGUCAAUCGUAUCAUGCAAUUAACAUCAAAUUCAGUCAUACCGAUUAUGUAUCAAGUGCCACGUAAAACAUACCGUGAUUUCCACAGCGACUUAUAUCCCGAAACGAAUGGUUAUAAAACUGAUUUAACGGUGACGCAAUGGUUGAAAGGUGUCAACACGCCCGUUAUGAAAAUGAGUUUGGAUCCAGCAAAGCGUGAACUUGGCGACGCUCCAAUUAUUGUUCAUCGUGGUACAUUGCAUGAAAUGAUUAAGAAUGAUGCAAAUAAAUGUGCAAAACAAAUUGAAAGCAAAACUUCAGUCACGACAACGCCCACAUCGUUGCGUCAACAGAGUAACAGUGAAGUUGAUAAUCGGCAUGUGCUUGCAUCGGCUCAAAGAACGUCAAAUAAAUAUAAUGAUGCUAUUGAUGAUAAUGAAACAAGCAAACCGCUGUCAAAGAUGGAUCUCAUUAAGAAAUUCGAUAGCAAAUACAAUCAAUCCGAAACGGUUGAUAAUAAACAGUCACAACGCUCAAACUAUGACGAUCAAAAGAUAAACACCAUUCCGGAUGAUGUUGAGAACGAUGAAAAUAUUCAAAAUUCAAACAAUGAAGAAACAAUCGAUUCGCCGGAUAAUCGAAGUCGAAGCAGUGAAUGUGAUUCGACGGCAAACAAUAAUUAUAAAAAUGGAAAUCAAUACGGUGGUAAUAAUGCAAAUGGCAAUGAUAUUAUUCCACCAAAACCGUUACCACGUACUAGUCGCAACAAUUCGGUGUCAUCACUUUCAUCUGAACACGGAAUCUCAAUUGCAAAUCCCAUUGAUGAAACUCCAGUUCGACCAGUCGCCAAACCACGCACAACCACCACUAGCUACAAGCCACGUUUGGGCCCGAAACCAUUCAGUGUCGGAUCGGGUGACGUGAAUUUCGAUAAGGUUUUUUCGGUACCUCAAGCUCCUGGUGCGAACAAUCACAAUGAAGUCACAUCGGAUAAUCAAAAUAAAUCGACCGAAUCGUCUGAUAGUUCCAUCGAUGUUGACGAACAAAAAGAUUCAGAUGAAAAAGAAGACGUAAUCGUUUAUCGGAAUGGAAAUAACGGUCAUUCGAUGCACAAGAGUGAUAGUUUGGAGGAGGAUUUGCAGCGUGCUAUUUCAACAGCAGAAAGACGAAAGUUGUCAGAAGCUGCUAGUUCAAAAAAGAUUUUCGAGAAUGCUCGUUUGGAAUCUGAAAAUACAAGCCAUGACAGUACCGACGCUGAGGAAAUAAGACGAUUAACACAAAAUCGAAGCAGUAUUGCAGAGCGUCGUCGCCUAUACGAGGCUCGAUCGAUCAGUACUAAUGCAGAGGAAAAACCUCCACAGUCUCCUUUGCCAAUGUUGCGCAAAGAUUCGACAAAAAUUCGUAGUGCAUCGCCGAGUAAGGCUCAAAUUGAAAUUGAGGAUCGUCGAAAGACAUCGCCCAUUCCAAAUGAAAAUAAUGGAAAACAUGACGAUAAAACCGAUGCAAUAUUUCGUAAACCGAAUCCAGUCAACAAUGGCAAUCAUAUUGCCAAUAAUAAUAAAAAUAAACCGGGCGAAGUGACAACGGCAACAAAGCGCACAUCAACUGUUUUCGGAAAAGUGUCGAAAUUCCGUCAUUUAAAAGGAACACCAACGCACAAAUCAACGCACAUUGAAAAUAUUCGAAAUAUUAGCCGCCAGAUACCUGGAGAAUGUAAUGGAUUCCAUGCAAAUUAUAAGCGUGUCGCAGUGCCAUUGUCGGGCCCUGGUGGAAAAAUAGCCGUUUAUGAGUUGAGCAAGCCAGGUCGUUUACCCGAUGGUGUCAUCCCUUCGCUUGUAAACGGUAGCAACAUCAUGGAUUUCCAAUGGGAUCCAUUCGAUGCAACUAAAUUGGCAGUUGCAUGUGAUGAUGGUGUUGUUCGUCUGUGGAAAGUACCCGAAAAUGGUCUUACUGAACCAACAAAUCAACCGGAAGGUGAACUAGUGGCACACUCCGACAAAAUCUACUUCAUUCGCUUUCAUCCAUUGGCCAAGAAUGUUUUGUUAACCGCCAGCUAUGAUAUGACCAUUAAAAUUUGGAAUUUGGAAACGCUUGCCGAGGAAUUGUGCUUGAAAGGUCACACAGAUCAAAUAUUCGAUUGUGCCUGGAGUCCGUGCGGUGUGUAUGCGGCCACGGUUUGCAAAGAUGGUAAGGUUCGCAUUUUCAAUGCACGCAAAUCAGAGAAUCCAAUUCAUGAAGGUCCCGGACCAAUUGGCACACGUGGAGCACGCAUUACUUGGGCCAUAGAUGGACAUUAUAUUGUGUGCACCGGUUUUGACAAAGUUUCGGAGCGACAAAUCAGCAUUUAUAAAGCAACCGAUUUGGCAGCACCAAUUAACACAGUUGGAUUGGAUGUUUCACCAGCUAUCCUUAUUCCAUUCUACGAUGAAGACAGUUCCACCUGUUUCCUAACCGGAAAGGGUGAUUCAACGAUUUACGCAUUUGAAAUAACUGACGAAGCCCCACAUAUUUGCCCAUUGUCGCAUCAUCGUUGCGCAACAUCACACCAAGGACUAAGCUUUCUGACGAAAAACCAUUGUGACGUAUCGUCCGUUGAGUUUGCAAAAGCAUUUCGUUUGACAAAUAAUACAAUUGAACCACUCAGUUUUACUGUGCCACGCAUCAAGAGCGAAUUAUUCCAAGAUGAUUUGUUCCCACCAACGCGGGUCACAUGGAUUCCAACAUUGACAGCCGGUGAAUGGUUUAAUUGUCGUGACAAAAAGGUCAAGAAAAUCAGCUUGCAACCCGAGGGAAUGGAAUGCUUAUCGUCAACACUGCCAGCAACCCAACAACCGCCACUAACUCCAAACAAAAAGACUGAUCAGCACUCACCACCCUCGAACAUUCUGCAAUCAUACAAUCGACAAAUUAACACAGACACUGAUAAAUACAAACAAGAGGAGAUUCAAAAAUCAGUAAGUGCACGCAUGGAAUACACAACAUCGUUGGAGCAAGAUAAUAUGGAGGGCGUCGAUGCAGAUGAAUGGAAUGAAUAAACACCGAUAGGAACGAGUCAAAAUCGAGAGAUUAUUUAAGUCAAUAAUGAUAAGAUAGUGAAAGCAGCUGAACAGUGUGUUUAUUCAUUAAAAUAAUGAAAAGCGUAUAAUUUCCUCAAUGUUUGCGUUGCCAUAUAUAUAUUGAAAUCAAACAUCAGCUUUUAUUCGCAUUUUAAUAUUAGUCAUUUUUGGCAAUUGUACUACAAAUAUUGUUCCUUUUCCGAAGAAAACAAAACCGAUAAACCAACAAACAAAACUAAACGAAAGCAUGUGGCAAAAUGAUCGCACAAAAUAACAAAACGUACAUUCACAUACACACACUCUCUCUCACACACACAUUUAAUCGAUAAAGAUAAAACACCUAAUUAUUCGCUUAGUUCAUAAGAAGCAAGUAUUAACGUAAUGUUUAUUGUAUAAGAAUUGUAAUCGCAAUUUAUUCAAUAUUUUUUACACAGAUGUGUGAGUUCUCGUCGAAUAAAUGAUUCGGUCAUUUUUUUUCAUACAGACGCUGAAUGCACUUGAAUGUCUUCUAAUUUAGUAUUUUCUUUGUUUACAAUUUCGAGGUGCAUAAAAGAGUUGCUUUUGUUAUUUAUUUAUUUAAAAAAAUCGGCAUCUUAUUUUUUCUUUAGUCCAAAUUCAAUGUGCUCGUAAAAAAAAAUCGGACAGUUAUUUUUGUACCGAAAAUUUGAUAAAACAUUCAAAAUCAAUGCCGUCUACAAAAUAUGCAAUAUAUUUGUCGAUGUGUCACAGCUUCAACCACUUUUAGUUUGCAUUUUACAAUCCAAUAGCAAUUCCAGUGAAAUGUUCUAUUUAUUGACGAUUAAAUAAUCUAUGUAUUCAAUAUACUUGGAUCUACUUAAUGAUGAAGAAAAAAAACAACAACAAUUGUAAAUUAAGUUUGUGUGAUAUUACUAAUGCAUCAACUAUUGAAUUAAUAUAAUUAUAAUUUAUUCAA